UUCUUUGGAAAGGUUGUGCUACAAACACACACAUCGGACUCUUAUCCAAUUUUUUCUUCUCACCGACCUCGGCCACCUAGCCACCAACGACGGCGAUGACGUCAACCCCUCCAUCCUCCCACUCUGCACCCCACAUUCUACUCCUCCUCCUACUAUUCACAUUCACAAUACUAUCAGCAUCCCCCAUCACAAACGCAUCCGCCCCACCACCAACGCCAACAACAUGGCCAGACCAAUUCCACUCAAUCCUAGUAAUGAACAAAAGCGGCAUUCUAGAAUUAAUAGAUUUAUGGUACGACUGGACAAACGGUCGUAACUUCAACAUAAUCCAACACCAACUGGGAAAUGUUUUGUAUGACUUAGAAUGGAACAAUGGUACCUCUUUCUAUUACACACUUGAUGAUGAUAAAAUAUGUUCUUCUGCACAGCUGGAGGUUGGGAUACUGAGGCCUAAUUGGCUGGAUGGUGCGACUUAUGUUGGUCAACGGAAAGUGGAUGGGUUUGAUUGCUAUGUUUGGGAGAAAGCUGAUUUUAUUACUUAUUAUGAAGAUGUUGUUACUAGACGCCCUGUUCAUUGGGUCUUUUAUACUGGAAGGGAAGCACACGUGAUGACGUUUGAAGUAGGUGCAGCGCUUGAGGAUAUAAAGUGGCAGGCUCCUUCCUAUUGUUUUGAGGAGAAGGAGAAGACGCUUGUUACAACAAUGGCAGAUGCUAGCAUUAUGCAUAGAGGUUUGGCAGAUUUUGACACUCUUAGAAUUGGAAGUAUGUAGCGUACUCUAACCGGUUAAUGUGCGUAUCUAGAUUUGUCUCAUUUUUAUAUUUCGUUGCGUUACGCUUAAUAAUGAUUGAUCACCUGCGAUGAAUCACUUUUUGAAUAGUGUAUGUUUAUUCUGACAUAAUGUUCAAGAAUCUGUGAGAUUCCAAAGAUUGCCAUGAA